AUGUCUGCCAACGGCCAUACCAAUGGCGUGAAUGGUGCGAAUGGUCUCCCCGACCACCCAGGAUUCACAGCCAUUCCAGCCCGCGAAAACCCACACCCACACACCGCAAGGAACCCAUACGGCCACAAUGCCGGAGUCACAGAUUUCUUGAGCAAUGUUUCAAGGUUUAAGAUUAUCGAGAGCACUCUACGGGAGGGGGAGCAAUUUGCCAAUGCUUUCUUCGACACUGAGAAGAAGAUUGAAAUUGCAAAGGCCUUGGACGACUUUGGUGUCGACUAUAUUGAACUUACUAGCCCGUGCGCCUCAGAGCAGUCCAGGAGAGAUUGCGAAGCUAUCUGCAAGCUUGGAUUGAAGGCUAAGAUUUUAACACACAUUAGAUGUCACAUGGAUGAUGCCCGGGUGGCCGUAGAGACCGGCGUCGACGGAGUGGACGUCGUUAUCGGCACAUCAUCCUAUCUCCGGGAACAUUCCCAUGGGAAGGACAUGACCUAUAUCAAGAACACCGCCAUUGAAGUUAUCGAAUUCGUCAAGUCCAAGGGCAUUGAGGUCAGAUUCUCCAGUGAAGAUUCGUUUAGGUCGGACCUGGUCGAGCUUCUUUCCCUAUACUCUGCCGUCGACCAAGUUGGUGUCAACCGAGUUGGUAUUGCAGACACCGUUGGCUGCGCCUCGCCUCGUCAAGUCUACGAACUCGUCCGCGUUUUGCGUGGUGUUGUCAAGUGCGAUAUUGAAAUUCACUUGCACAAUGACACGGGAUGUGCCAUUGCCAACGCAUAUUGUGCUUUGGAAGGCGGCGCCACCCACGUCGACACCUCUGUUCUCGGAAUUGGUGAGCGAAACGGCAUCACUCCUCUCGGCGGUCUCAUGGCCCGCAUGAUCGCCGUCGACCGUGACUACGUCAUGAGCAAGUACAAGCUCCAUAAGCUCAAGGAUAUCGAGGACCUCGUUGCCGAAUCGGUCCAAAUCAACAUCCCCUUCAACAAUUACAUCACCGGCUUCUGUGCCUUCACCCACAAGGCCGGUAUUCAUGCUAAGGCCAUUCUCAACAACCCCAGCACAUACGAGAUUAUCGACCCCUCCGACUUCGGCAUGACCAGAUACGUGCACUUCGCUUCUCGCCUCACCGGAUGGAACGCCAUCAAGUCACGUGCGCAGCAGCUCAAUCUCGAGAUGACCGAUGCGCAAUACAAGGAGUGCACGGCUAAGAUCAAGGCAUUGGCCGACAUCAGACCUAUUGCUAUUGACGACGCUGACAGUAUCAUUCGCGCAUAUCACAGAAACCUCAACAAGUCUGGUGAAGACGCUUUCCUCAUGGACCUGACACCGGACGAGAAGCUUCAAUUCGCAGCCAAGGAAAAGGAGUUUGCUAGACAAGAAGCAUAA